GGUGGCUGAGAUAGAGGUAGGAGUGGGAAUGUUCUUGAACACAGCUUCUCCCCGGAGGUCGUUCAGCAUCCCCAUUAACAUCAACCUGCAGGGUGCUCGCAGGCGGCAGACACGAGAGCUCCUCCACACAGCGCAGGAGCGGUGUAGAGAGGUGGAUGGGCGUGGAGGGCAGCGGGCUCGGACCCAGAUGCCAGUGUUGAGUGUCGGGGAGGACAGAGCCAUCCUGCUGGGCUUCGCCAUGAUGGCCUUCUCUGUGCUCAUGUUCUUUGUGGUCGGCAUCACUAUGAUCAAACCCUAUGUUAACAGUAACUGGGAGGAGAAGGCCAGCUGUGUUCUGCUGAAAACCCAAAUCCUGGAGGAGUGGGUGGACUGCAGAGGUGUGAGCACUGUGCCGUGCCUCAGGGUGACGGUUAACCUCACGGGCUCCAAUCAGACGGUUUUUCUGCACUUUGACGAGGAAUCGGUCCUACUUGCUCCUGAGUGUUUCUACAUACCCAAAUGUCAGAUGGACAGAACAGAACUUCAAAAGGAAGUCCAGAAAGUGAAAAACAGCUUGGACAAUCAUCAGGGGAGCACCUCAUCCUGCUUCACUGACCGCACAAGGCACUCCGGGGACGUCAUCUUGAACAGGAAGUACACCUAUCAGAAGGCCUUGUUUGCAUUGCUGUGGCCCUGUCUGAUGCUGGGUGGCGGAGCUCUGUUGGUGGGCCUUGUGAAGAUGACACAGUACUUAGCCCAUCUCUCCUCUGGGAUGUGCAGUAAGACUGCAGGGGGCAGGCUGACAUCAAGACACACUCAAGGCAAACUGUACAGACUCCUCCGGAGGUCCAGCAUGCAGUCUCCUUCAUGACAUAUCCAGCGUGCUGCAACAUGCCAAAAAUACCAUUUGCAAACAUGUAACUGGUGCAUACUGUGAACCAGGGCUGGUAUGUAUGAAGCCGCUCAGAGUAGAAUUUUGGUCUUAAGUGUGUCAAAAAGAAAUUCUUAUUCUCUUAAUUUUUUAGAAUAAGUGCCAUGCAGAAACCUUCCUAAGUGUAGAGAAUUAGUCUCAGCAGAACUCUGCAGGCUUCUGAACCCAGUUAAUGACCAGCAGAUGGCUGUGGUACAUGCACAGAGGGCACACACACAUCUUUCAACAAUGAAAAAGUAUGAUGGUAAGUAAGAAAGUAAGUUGAUGAAAAACAGAUUCAAGGUCCAUCCCAAUACCCACACAACAAAAAAAUGAAAAAGUUGAAACCACCAAAUCCAUAAUAAUAAUAAUUCAGCAUGAAUACAACAAAAUGCAGACAUGUUAAUGUCUUCCUAACUGAGUAAGCACAUUUAUAUAAAUUCUAAAAACAUAAAACAUAGAAAUGAAAAAUUAAGCUUCUUCCAAAUAUAUAAACUUGGAGGUAAACUAUUUAAGGAAAUGUUUUAUUUUAAAUCAACCCCUAUGUUCUCCGUUUCAGAAAACCAGAAAUAAUUGUACAUGUACAUGGUAAACAUACAAAAAUUCUAAAGGGCCUCAUCAGAUGGUUUUCGCAUGGUUACUAUAUCCUUCUUUGACUUCUUUAAAGAGUAACUUAACCCUAUCUGAUAAUCUUGUUUUGCUGACCUCCAGUGGUUUAACUUUUCACCUUGCUGCAGCGAUGUACAGUGUACUCCAGGGUGUGUCAGUACACUGUGACAUCACUUUUGGGUGUGGUUAGAGAUAAAACAGAGCACACUUCUGACAACUUUCAACCACAGAGGGCAGUGAAACAUUGCUUUUCAGUUUAGCGUUAAAUUACUCAUUAAGAUGUUUAUGAACAAUAUCCCAAACAGCAUAUCUGAUCUUGUCAAAAUAACUUAUAUACCAUAGCCACCUGCUAUUAGCCCAUUGCCUCCCCCCACGCAAACAUCAGACCAGGUAAUCAACCACUCAGCUCACCUGCACUCAGCCAGCUCGUCAACGAUCGGCCAUAAGCUCAGAUAAAAAUUUUAAUUUUACUGAUUUUAUUGAACUAGUUCCAGCUCUCCUUAACAUCCACCCCUGUGUCUACACUGUGAUAGUGCACACUGGCACAAAUGACGUCAUAUGCAGGCAGUCCAUUAAACUGCAUUAUGAACUUGAGUCUCUGGCCUCCACAGUUGAAAGCCUGGUUAAGAGGUGUGUCCUGUCCGGUCCCACUCCUACUAUGACCAAGAGCUCUAAACGUUUUAGCCGUCUUUUUAGUCUGCACCUGUGGAUGCAAAAUUUGCUACUGCCACUGGUCUUGGUUUUAUUAAUUAUUUUAAUUCCUUCUGGACAGAGUGGGACCUUUUUAAAUAUGAUGGGUUGCAUCCGAAAGGAACCAGGAAGGGAAACAGAAAAACUGAUUUGUAACUUUAUUAACUUUAUUGCUUUUAGCUUUAAUUGAUGGUUUCCCCAGCAAGACCCUGCCCAACAUCCUGGCUCUGGACUUUACAGCCUUGUCCCAGACAGUGCGGGUCCUGCUGGUGCUGGUUCUGGUUUUAUUUAAUGACCUAUUGCUUUUAGCCAAUGCUGGCUUGUAUUUCAUUUUAAUUCUCCUAGACCUCAGCUCAGCCUUUGACAGUGGAGUGGACCAUGAUAUCUUAAUCAACCGUCUGAAGACGUAUGUUGGUAUCAGUGAUGUGGCUCUGGAUUGGUUUAUCUCCUAUCUGUCGAACAGGUCCUUCUCUGUAGUACUUGGAGAUGCCUCCUCCUCUCGUGCUCCUCUAUUUUGUGGGGUCUUCUAAGGAUCUAUUUUGGGUCCCCUCCUGUUUACCAUAUACAUGCUACCCCUAGUUCGAAUCAUGCAUAGCCAUGACAUUGACUUCCAUUGCUACGCAUAAGACACCCAAUUAUAUGUCCCGAAAAAGCCUGGUACAGAUACAUCCUGCAUUAUGUCCUGCCUCACAGAGAUUAAAAAUCGGAUGUCCAAAAAUGUUCUGCAAUUGAAUGACUCCAAACCAGAGGUAAUUAUAACUACCUCCUGUGGCCCAAGCACUAGCAGCAUUAAUAAUCUCUCCUCUAGUCUGGGUGCUUUAUCUAAUAAUGUUCGAAAAGAGGCCUGCAACCUAGGUGUCAUUUUUGAUUCAGAAUUGUCCUUUGAUGCUCAGGUGACUAAAGUGGUGCAGUCCUGAAUUGCUAAUCAAGAUCAGGUCAUUCCUUUCCUCUACAGACUUAGAAAAGGUCAUCCAUGCUUUUAUCUCUUCCAGACUUGACUAUAUGCUAUUUAUUCUGGUAUCAGCAGGUGAAACAUCCAAAGAUUGUAGCUGAUACAAAACACUGCUGCCAGGCUUUUAACACUUAACUAUUACUAAGAGAAGCAACCACAUCACCCCCAUCCUUGCUGGCCUUCACUGGUUACCUGUGAGAUUUUACGGUUUGUUUUUAAAGACUUGAAUGGUCAGGCUCCUGCCUAUAUCUGUGAUCUGCUAGCUCCCUAUGAGCCUGAUCGCUGCUUGAGAUCCUCUGGCAGGGCCUUACUUCUGGUUCCAAAAUCUCGACUUGUCACUAAAGGUGACCGGGCUUUUGCGGUCCAGGCCUCUCAGCUGUGGAACUCCCUGCCUGAGGAUCUCAGGAAGACAAACACUGUAUCAUCCUUUAAAUCUCUUCUUAAGACUAACUUUUAUCGUAUGGCUUUUUCUUAAUCUGAUGGUAUUUGUUGUAAUUAUUUAAAUGACUUUGUCAUGUUUAUAUCUUAAGUUCUGGAUCUUAAUUGCUUUUAUUAUAUGUUUAUAUUGUAAAGCACUUUGUAACUUUGUUGACAAGGUACUAUAUAAAUAAAGUUAUUUAAAAGCUUUGUUCUUACACGCUUCAAUAUAUUGAAGCAUAUAUAAUGUUGCAUACAGUGCAUGAUGGGUAGUCUUGACAAGGUGUGUAUGAAACUGCUAUUGGCUGGUUCAGUGCUUAAGGGAAGGCAUUUUGGGUAGACAUGAUUGUUGUCCUUAUUUUACAUCACUUAGGAGUCACUGCAGUCAGCACUUAAGAAUCACACUUUGACUUUGAUAAAAUGUUGGUUCUUACUAAAACACGUUUUACUUAUAAGUCAAAGUUUAGGACCACUCGUGAAAGUUUAUACAUACCAGUCCGGUUCACCCAGUAAAGAGUCUUGUAUGUAGUUUUCUAUGGGAAGCUUGAGGGGAAAUUUUUUUUUUUUUUUAUGUUUCACACAAAUUUAAGGAUUGUUUACUGAUACAAGCCUUGUCCCAAACUCAUGUUCAUUUUUAUCAUGAAAGUGCCUCACACAUUUUGAUCAACUGCCCAGUAAUCUAUUUAGAUAGGGAGAAAAGUUUUUAUUCAACAGUACAAUAAAUGAAAGCAUACAGUUUCUUAUCAGACAUGGUCAUAUGAGGAUGACUAAAACAAAUAUUUGAAGAGGUUUUAUGAUAUAUAUACAGAUGGAUAUAUAACUAACAUAGGAGUCUGAUUCUUUUUAAAACAUGCAGGGUAGCUUCUUCCUCCUUAUUGUGCUUACAGACUUCCAUUUAGGGCAAGAGAUCUCCACUUAAUGUGAAGAUCAUACUCUGACAACAGCAUUAAGUCCUUGUCCUUCAUUCAACAAUUCACCUCUGCUUUGUCAUUCAUAUCGUUUCAACAACUAGAAGCUGUCUACUGGGUUUCGUAUGAGGGUGGUGCAUGUUAUGCAUGAUUCCUCUUUUUUUUUUUGGUUAGCAGUUACAUAGGAGUUUGCUUACAUUUAAAAAUACAAAAAUAUAUUACCUCUGUAGUUAUUCAAGGAAAGCAUUUGCACAUGUAGUAGCAGUUAUCAGUAUCUGUUACCUUCAUUGUGACUUUGUUGUACCUCACACAAGUAACAAGGUCAUUUCUAUACAUGAAAUUCAAGUAAACGUCAGGUCAAACAAAAAAAAAAAAGGAGAUAUUCGGGGACCUCAUGCAUAAUGCAGUGUGAGAAAUGGAAAACAACCAUAACAAGUACAAAGGGAAAUAGCAUCAUUGAGAUAGUUCUUCAAUAAAGUAUAUGGGGUCUAGUUUUCUCAGUUUGGGUCCGGCCCACUGCUCUGUAACCUGUACAGAAGCACAUGCAUCUCAGUAGGAUCGGUUUCCUGAGCAUUUUUAAGUCCUUACCCAUGUACAGAAAACAAAAAUUGGACUUUCAGACAGACUUGAGUGUCCAGGAAACCGCCCUGUUGUGUAUCAUUUGGUAAAGCUAGAACAUUUACUGACCUCUUACGUAUGUGUCUGUGCAGUGAGCAAACCUGCAAAGAUUAUUCUUCCACACAUAAGGGUGACAAUCAUAGGAAAGAGGAGGGAAGAAGACACUUGGAAAGUUAAAAAAAAAAAAAAAUUCACUUCGGUUACUUUUUUCUUUUUCUUUACCUGGAUGUCACGAUCUGGGACCAUGUGUGAGGAGAGAGUCCGUCUUAAACUAUCUGUCGUACGUGUAAACGAGAACAAGAAGACAGAAGCAAAAGUCAAAACAUUUUACAGAUGGCUUAGAUUGAAGCUCCAAAUAUAAACCUGGUAAGGAGAAGCGAAAGGCAGGGUCCAAAGGCGUUUCUCACAGUUCUUUUUGUUGGGAAGAAGUAGACGAUUCUGUUACAGUGCAGCAUUUUUUGUUUUCUUCCAGUUACUGUCUGUACAAAGUCCACUGACACACUGCUCUGUGUGAGCAUGUCGGGGGAGAUGCUCUUCUCUCUCUGCCUCACUUUGACAUCAACCUUUUUUCUUUUUUUUUUUGCAGUAUACAGUACAUAUUAGGAUCACAACUUGCAUAGUGUAACAGCACAGCACACAGAAGGAACACUGCACAUCCUUUUCCCUUGCGUUUCUUGUCGUCAUCAGCUGAAUAACAAAGACCAAUUCAUAACAUCUUAUACAGCGGACCAUCAGAAAGGUUUUCUCAAGUCCAUCUGUGGUCCAACUGCGUGGGGGUGGAUGACGAACAUUUGUGCCUCAACAUCUGACAGAAUAAUACUGAUAGACAAAACAAAACAAAACCAAAUACUGCAGAGAUCAGUGCUAUGAGUACACACAAGACUUGGAAUAGUAGUGACUUUUUUUUUUUUUUUU